AUGGCUCGUGGCUCGUCGUCGAGGUCCCACUGGAUGGCUGGCGAUCGGCUUGGACGGCACGCCAGAGCUGCUCCCAAGCGGCCAGGGACUGCGGCCGUCAUGGUCAAAGGCAAAGAGACCCAGCAUCUCUUUGAGCUUCGUGCUCCGAACCAGGUGCCACAAGCGUCAUGUCAGGUCAUCUCCCGUGCCGUCGUGGUGACUCAUGCCGGUACAAGUAUUGACGGUAGGGCAACGAUGCUGCGGCACACCGUUCUGCCUCUUGACAGUCGUCUGUUCUCCCAGCGUGAAGCCGUACUCGACAACCAAAUGGCCCUCCGGCUCUCGCUGCUUAUCGUCGGAAAGGUGUCGCUCUACUGCUCGAUAACAAGGACCCUGAGCAACUGCCGCCGUGCCCUAGCUAAGGUUAGUAAGGGCACCUAA